AACUAUUAUGGGGUUUGUUAUCAUGAAAGAUGUCUGUGAUAGAGUUGAGGUCUAUCAGAAGCUAAUUAUAGCGAGUCGCUAUCAAGCGGUAAUAAUGAAAAUAGAAAAAAGAAAAUUUUCUAAGAAGAAUCGGCAAGAAGUGAAUAUAAACUGGAUAUUAAAUUCUCAGGAGCCAACUCCAAUUGCUUUUUUUCGUUUAACCCAUCCGACAAUACGUGCACGAGCUAUUGAAAAAUAUAGGAAAUGUUUUAAUUUUGCUUUAAGUCGUAGUGAGGGUGAUAAGCUCGAUAAGCUUAGAGCCGUGAAUAAUGAUGAGGAAAUUUUACAAAGAGAUUGGGAGAUUUGGCUAAAAGAAAAAAAAGCUAUUCUAGCUUGUCGGGCAAACCACGAUACAUAUCUGAGCAUUCAACAAGAUUUUACAUCAACUAUGACGAAUAUUGUCGAUGCAAAAAAAAGUGACGAUAAUAAGGAGAAUGAAUUUGAUAUUGAAGAACAAAGUAACUGUGUAAGAAAACAUCAAUUGGAAAAGGGAAAUGUUAAGGAACUUAACAAUGAAGGAGUUUCAGUUCCGUUAUUUACGAAAACGGUGAGAUCAAAAAACUAUGAUGUCGGUGAGAAGCAUGAAGACGUCUAUAUUAAAGCUGUUCAUCUGGCUCACGAGCUUGAACCACCAGAAACCGAAAAAACUAGCACUGCUCGUCAUAAAAAAUGGGAGUUGGAGAUAAAACCUCUAUUAAACAUGUAUAAUAAACAUAUAGAAGUCAGAUCAGUUUUUGAUGACAUUAGCUUGGAUAAUGCGAUUGAGGCUGUCGCUAUGAAGCCAUAUUCUGGAGUUUUCAUUUAUAAAAAACAUUAUGAAUUAAAAUGGAUACAAAAUGUAUAUGAACGUUUCUUAAUGCUUUUUAUGGCACCUAUCAAUCAGCUAUUGGACCCAGACCAGACAGAAUUAUCUUAUAGAGAAAAUUUCAUAAAUCCUAUAUUCGCGAAAGUAUUCGAUGACUUAAUGGAACUCAUUCAUAUGAGGACUGGCGAAAUUGAAAAUAUGUUGAUAAAAACUCAACGUAUCGAGACACGAGAAUGCACACAACGGCUUAGUCUUGGUUGUCGCCAGGAUGGGGUUAUUAUCAUUAAUGUAAAUGGGACUACAGUAGAAGUUGGAUUCAUGGAGGUGGUUGAAAGUGCUAUCUACGAUGAUCUCACCAAACUAUCCGAGGAUCUAGAAAAAGUGCUAAAAUGUAUGCAAAUUUCUCUAUUCUACCAAAGACAGCACCACCUUCAACGAGGAGCAUCAGAAAACCAAUUACAAAUCUUGGAGUCUUAUGGCAUUGUUGUUUAUACGGAUAAGAUUACUGAGUUCUCUAUCCCAAACUCUAAGGACCAAUUGCACGUGCUCAAAGAAGUGAUCGAAAAGGUAUAUAUGUUUAAGAGCCGUGUUAUGGAUUACUAUCUUAAGAUUAGUAGGCUUACGCCAAACUUCACACAUACACAUGUUAAAGUUGAUGAGCUUCCUACAAUAGCAUCGCCGAAAAGAGCAUCGCCAAAAAGAGUUAGUAGCAACCUUAGUCGCUCUACUCGCUCUACUAGUAACAUCAAGAGAAAGAAAAAUCAAGAUAAAAACUGA